CACGUCGGUUUUGAUCAGCAUCACCGAGGUUUUAAUAAGAUCCAAUUUUCUUUCUUCAAAAACCCUUCCUUUUUAAGUUCAGUGAGUAUUUCUGGUUGGAUCCCGCAAAUUUACCCGUUCAAAAUGGCGAUGUCUGCCGUCUACGUGUUGGACGUGAAGGGAAAGGUCAUAAUUUCAAGGAAUUAUCGAGGCGACAUUGAUAAUUCGUCCAUUGACAAGUUUAUGCCUUUGGUUUUGGAGAAGGAAGAUGAGGGUGAUACUCAGUCACCGAUCUGUGUCCAUGGCGAAGUUACGUUCGUGUACAUCAAGUACAAUAACCUAUACCUUGUCUGUACAACGAAGAAGAAUGCCAAUGUAGCGCUUAUAUUUGUCUUCUUGCACAAGAUGGUCCAAGUGUUUUUAGAUUACUUCAAAGAGCUUGAGGAAGAAAGUAUCCGUGACAACUUUGUGAUCAUAUACGAGCUGAUGGAUGAGUUGAUAGACUUUGGGUACCCACAGUUUACUGAGACAAAGAUUCUCCAAGAAUAUAUUACACAGGAAGGACAUAAGCUAGAGUUAGCACCAAAACCACCACCUGCGCUAACGAAUGCUGUGUCAUGGAGAGGAGAUAAUAUCAAGUACCGUAAGAAUGAAGUGUUCUUGGACGUCAUUGAAUCUGUCAAUCUGAUGGUCAGUUCAUCUGGUAAUGUUCUACGUAGUGAAAUCAACGGCACAGUCAAAAUGAGGUGUUACUUGUCAGGAAUGCCAGAACUGAGGCUGGGACUGAACGACAAGGUCUUGUUUGAAAGCACAGGAAGAGGAAAAAGUAAAGCAGUUGAGCUGGAGGAUGUCAAAUUCCAUCAGUGUGUGCGUCUGUCCAGGUUUGAAAAUGACCGUACUAUCUCUUACAUUCCACCUGAUGGAGAGUUUGAGCUGAUGUCAUAUCGUCUAAAUACCCAUGUGAAGCCAUUGAUCUGGAUUGAGUCGGUCAUUGAGCGCCACUCCCACAGUAGAGUUGAAUACAUGAUAAAAGCGAAAAGCCAGUUCAAGAGGCGCUCAACAGCAAACAAUGUAGAGAUUCUUAUCCCAGUACCACAAGAUGCUGAUUCACCUAAAUUCAAGACAACUGUAGGGAGCGCUAAAUAUGCACCCGAACAGAAUCUUGUAAUCUGGAAUAUCAAGUCCUUUCCUGGUGGAAAGGAGUUCUUGUUGAGGGCUCAUUUCAAUCUGCCAAGCGUUGAAGCAGAGGAGAGUCAGGGAAGACCUCCCAUUAAACUCAAGUUUGAGAUUCCUUACUUUACUGUAUCUGGAAUCCAGGUCAGAUAUUUGAAGAUCAUAGAAAAGAGUGGUUACCAGGCCCUGCCAUGGGUGCGAUAUAUUACUCAGAAUGGAGAUUAUCAGUUGAGGACCACAUAAACAAGCUACCCAGAACCCAGAAUGUCUAUCAUUCAUUACGUAUACAAGUACCUACCUCUGAUUGGCUUAUUUCCUGCUUAAUCACCCAAUCAUAAUGAAUAAUAAUAGAACUGCCAAUAGCAUGGAAAAUAUACGCGCGAAAAGAGAACAACCGUUGGCAUUAUAGUGUCAUUUUACCACCACUACCAAAAUGCUUUGCGAAUUUUCUUUUUUAUUCAAAUUUGUAUUCCCUCAAUUGGUGCUAAUUAACUGAACGAAAGAAAGUGUUCAAGGGAUUCUGGUAGUGGCAGUAAAUGAUGCUAUAAUGCAAGUGACCUAAUUUCUUAAUGACGGAGGAAGAAUGUAUUAUGCAUGCUUGGAAUAUUACAAUGGAGAAGUCAACUUUGGAUAGCCGUCGGCUUUAAUCCUCUCUCCUCUCCAUCCUCCCUCCUUAAAACAUUUAUUUUAUACACCGAAUCGAAAAAUGGCAAUCAAUUUGAAUAACUAUUGUUCUACACUGACUAGCGACUGACUAGCCUCCUAUACAUGUGAAAAUGCUUUUAUGUUUCCAUGUGAACACGAGGCUAGUUAGUCGCUAGUCAGUGGAGAACAAUAGUUAUUCAAAUUGAUCGCCAUAUUUCGAUUCGGUGUAUUGCUACCUUAAAAGCAUCACUCUCAAACAGAAAAAUCCAGCUAGAAAACUAGAAAACAUUUUGUUUUGUUGUAUUUGUUUGUAAGAAUGUUUCCAUAAGCUUCCAUCAUUUUCUCGAGCAUGCGUAGUAUGUCUUCAUCUCUAGGGUUGAUUUUGAUGCAAGAGUUUUUCUCGCUCAUUACCUUAAAUGAAUCUGUGUCAAGAAUGACCCGAAUUCUAUACAGGAAAAAAAAAAAAAAAGC